AUGUCGGGAAUUCCAAUCUUUAAUGUCCCCACGAGGAAACCGUUGAAUGCACCGUCGCUUCCGUCGCUUUCGAUUCCACCAAACCAGAAUAACACCAAGCCUAAUCUACUGUUGAAUUUCAGUUCUAAUCCUCGCGAGGCUGCUGGCACUGUUGGCACUGCUGCUGCUGCCAGUAGUCUUGAGUCGCAGUUUUCACAAUCUUUGAAUAUAAGUAACAUCAGACACCAUCAGGACCAAAACUCAGCGGACGUAUCGCUGCACCCGGGUCACCAGGUCCGGCCACAACGACCACAGACCAAUUCUACUUCGUCAUCUUCAUCGCUAAAUUCAAAUACACCCGUCACAGCGCAGUCGACCAACUCGUCAGGCUCGGGGAAAUUGAGGAGGAAGCCUCCACAAAUUUCGGAAUCUGACUUGUCACAAAUGAUUGGAGAUGAGCUUGAAUCUCAACCACAGCAGCCACAUUGGCAACUGAGUGGGAACAAAUUUACCCAAAGAAACACGUCUCCUCAUCCACCAUCAUCAUCAACAUCAACCACAACAACAACAACAACAACAACAAACACCACAAGCAACACCACGCCUCAAAAGCUGCUGAUUGAAGAAUUGACACCCCAGGACUGGCAUUAUUUGGCCAACUCUGAUCAAAUUGAAGAAAUUAGCAAGCUAGGAGAAGGUAACGGCGGAGCAGUUACCAAAUGCCGUAUACCUGUAGUUUCAAAGUCACAGAUCUUUGCAUUGAAAUUGAUAAUAACAGAUUCAGAUCCGCAAGUACAAAAACAAGUGUUUCGAGAAUUGGAAAUUGCUAGAAAAUGCCAUCAUCCCAAUAUCGUGAAAUACUAUGGCACUUUUAUCUUGGCAAAACAGUCCCUAAUUGGAAUACCAAUGGAAUACAUGGAUGGCCAAUCGCUAGAUUCCAUAUAUAAGGAAGUCUUGAAGCGAGAUCAGACUAAUCGAAUAAAUGAAAAAGUCCUUGGCAAAAUCGCCAAUUCCAUCUUAUCGGGGUUGGACUACCUACACCUGAAAAAUAUCAUCCAUCGCGACAUCAAGCCGUCCAAUGUCUUGCUUGAUUCGAAAGGCGCGGUGAAACUUUGCGAUUUCGGCGUUAGUGGAGAAGCAGUCAACUCGCUCGCUUCAACGUUUGUGGGCACACAGUACUACAUGGCCCCAGAACGAAUAAUGGGUAAAGACUACUCGAUAUCGAGCGAUAUCUGGUCGUUGGGGAUGUCGAUGUUGGAAGUUGCCAAUGGAAAAUUCCCCAUUGAUAUAAGCUUGGGACCAAUCGAAGUUGUGGAAAUGGUUCUGCGCAGUGAGUUGACUUUAAAAGAUUGUCAAGAAGACAACAUUUACUGGUCACGGGAGUUCAAACAGUUUAUAUCGCGCUGUUUGAUCAAGGAUAACAAAAAGAGACCUAUCCCCAGAGAGAUGUUGGCACACGACGAAUGGUGUGUUUUGCUGCAACUGGAACAAGUACGCAUGGACAAAUUUGUGCAAAUCGUCUGGCAGUUGAAUGUGUAA